AUGCAAUGCACGUGGCUGACCGUAGAUGGGUGGGUUGGCAGGCGCCGCAAGGAGCAAAAGAAGGACACGCGCGCAAGUGUGGUGCGCAUACCAGGAGGGGCCACAUGGUUUAGCAGUGGGGCGAACUACGCAGCCUUCGAGCACAGGGGGAUGAUGCAGGUGAUGCCCUUGCUGAUUGCCGACAGUAUGGCGAGGAGCAAACCAGCGGAGAAGGAGAAACGGCAACGGGAGGUGGCGGCGUUUGUGGCAUACGCCAGCUUCUACAAGGCGCUUGUCGGCGUGACAAAGCACACGGACGACACCCUGGACGACGUCAGAGCAAUGGCAGUGACAAUGAUGGCGGCAAUCGUCGCUGCGUUUCUCGACCAGAUCUCAGGCUGGAACAUCCCGAAGGUGCACCAGAUUGUGCACCUGAUUGUCGGCAUCCCUAUGCGUGGGUUGACGCACGAGACAUCCACGAACCUAUGGGAGCACACACACAAGGGCACAGUGAAGGUGCCGGUGCGAGGAAGCAACUGGCAGGACAUUCCACGCCGCAUUAUCGAGGAGGAGGUGCAGCGCGAGAUAGCGCGGGAGGUGUCCGCGGACGCAGGCGGCAACAGGCAGUAUGUGACGGCGCUGCGCGAGGCUGUACGGACGCGCAAACCCGUCCUGACGAAGAAAUCACGUCCGGCCAAUGUGGACGAGGACCUGGACGCGGUUAUGUGGGUGUAUCGCAAGGCACAUGGGUCCGACAUGGACGCACUCGCAGGCUGCAUGAGGGCGGCAGGCCUCCCGUCGCCAUCCAUCGCGAGUCCUGGUACUUGUGGGUACAGUCACCAGAAUUGCCCUCAUGUUGACCGUCAUGCGCAGGUGCACACCGCUGUGGCGAUACCCCGAACAAGAGGCAGGGAGCUUGUGCCGAAGGGUACGUUUGUGAAGGCAAGCCCAUCAGAGAAGUGGUUUUCAGACGUGGCCAUGCUUAACCCAGACGAGGGAGAGUGGUACGCAAGGUGCCUAUGCAUCUUCAGGACAAAGGGGGUGGAUGGAGAGAUGGGGAGGCACGUGUACGUGAAGUACUACGAGGCGGAGGGCACGUGCCCGAUGACAACUUGCUUGCAGUUGACACCCGGCCGUGUGAGGACAAGGUAUGCUGUGGUGGACGUAGAGUGCAUCCAGAGGGUGGUGCACAUUUGCAUGUCUUAUGUGGACAAGCGUGUCAUGCUGCUCAACAGGUUCCUGCUGACCGAGUGA